AUGGUGUCUCUUAUUACUACUGCAUUAGCAGUGACAACUCUUACUUUCGCUAUAUAUAUCCUGAAUCGUUCCAACAAGACCGUCAUGCCCCCAGGAACACGCAGUCCGCCUGGUCCGGUUGGCAAGCCAAUUAUCGGUAGCAUGCUCGACAUACCACCUGUUCAUUCAUGGUUCAAGUUCAAAGAACUAACAGACCAAUAUGGGCCCAUUACCAUGAUCACCAUUGCAGGCCAAGAUCACGUCCUCCUGGGCACUGAGCAAGUCGCCAACGAUCUGCUCCGAGAGUGUGGCAGCAUCUAUAGCGACCGACCGACGUUCCACGCUGCCAACAUGAUGACCAGAGGCCUGAUCCCUCUUUUGUUGCGCUAUGGCGAUGUGUGGCGCACUCAACGCAGUUUCUUUCACCAUGUCAUGUCCACAAAGGCGGCAGCUGGUUACGCCCCAGAGCUAGAAUUAGAAGCUACUCGAAUGGCGCGUGACUUCAUAAGGAACCCCUCUGAUUAUGAAAACUUUUUCGAGCGUUAUAGUGGUGGCAUCAUUCUCCGUCUUGCGUUUGGUGUUCGUAUCGAAAGCGGCCGAGACCCCAGAUGCCAGAGCUCGCUCAAGGCGGUACAUGACCUAGAAUGUGUUGCUUCGCCGGCACAAUAUUUGGUUGACUUGCUUCCUGCGAUGAAGUUUCUACCAGAAUUUCUAGCACCAUGGAAGACUGAGCUCAAGAAGCUUCGAAAUGAGCACGAGACGUUCUUCCGCAGCAUGCUGGAUGGAGCGAAAAGGGAUAACAGUGGUGGUAAAGGCAUCAAGUCUUGGGUAAACGUGUGGUUGAGUAACACGGCACACAUGUUUGGUGGCCUUCUCGAAGCAGGCAGCGGUACUUCCGGUUCAACGCUUAUGUCGUUCUGCUUACUCAUGACGCGUACGGGACAGCUCGGAGUUCUCCAACAGGAACUGGAUAGAGUUGUAGGUGCAGGACGAGUGCCGACUAUCGCUGACUUACCACAACUUCCCACUGUGCGUGCGUUUGCCAAAGAAGUGUUACGCUUUUACCCCGUCACCGCUGGUGGAGCGCCUCACAUGCUCACCAAAGAUGACGUCUACAAAGGUUUCUUCUUCAAGGCUGGCACCUUUUUCCACGCGAAUCAGUGGGCGAUUCAUCGUGAUCCGGAGCAAUACCCCGACCCAGAGAGCUUCAACCCACAACGUUGGCUCGACCCCAAGUAUCCAACCUACAAGGAACCCUUGACUCAGUACCCUAACCUCGUCAACUACACUUGCUUCGGGUCCGGCCGUCGAAUUUGUCCUGGACAGCAUGUAGCCGAGCUGAGUGUCUUUCUUGGCAUUGCCAUGAUAGCAUGGGGCUGCAACAUCUCAAAAGCAAAGGAUGACGCCGGCCAGGACAUCACGCCUCCAUAUUAUGACUUCAACAUAGGCUUCAAUGUCCAGCCAAACAAGUUUCUGUUCAAGUUGGAGCCAAGGUCUAAACAGAGAAUAGAUGUGUUGGAGAUGGCUUAGGAAAAUUCAUUAGAGACUGACCCGUUAUUGGUCCAGUAAUUGAAUGCACCCUCGCGGCUAUUUGAAUAUAACGGCUAUAAGUUACAUGAGAGAAAGAAUAUCGGAAAGAGUUACGAAAAUAAAUGCAGUUUAUACCCGAAUUGAAGUAGCA